AUGGGAAAUGUUGAUACUAAGCUAAAUUUCAGAAAAGCUGUGGUGCAAUUAACAUCGAAAUCAGAGCCCAUAGAUGCCAAUGAUGAAUCCUUUUGGGAACAAUUCUGGUCCGAGAAUGUUACAAAUGUUCAAGAUAUAUUUACUUUAGUUCCAGCUGCUGAAAUAAGGCAGUUACGUGAAGAUGCUCCCACAAACUUGGCUACAUUAUGUUACAAAGCUGUGGAGAAAUUAGUUAAAGCUGUAGAUAAUAGUUGUAGGACACAAGGGGAACAGCAGACAGUUCUGAAUUGUGCUAGAUUGCUUACAAGGGUUUUGCCUUAUAUAUUUGAGGAUGCUGAGUGGAAAGGGUUUUUUUGGUCAUCUCUGCCUGGACAUGGGGAUGAUGAUGAUGAAUCAAUUCCUCUUGCACAUUCUUUAUUAAAUUCUGUUUGUGACUUGUUGUUUUGUCCUGAUUUCACAGUUGUAGCUAGCAGAAAAAGUGGGCCAGACAAAGCAGAAGAAUUAUCAGCCAUUGAUAGUUGUGAAUAUAUCUGGGAAGCAGGUGUUGGAUUUGCACAUUCCCCAUCUAAAAAUCCUGUCUUUGACUCCAACAGAACAGAGUUACUGAAACUCCUUUUGACAUGUUUCAGUGAAACUAUGUAUCAUCCUCCUGCUGAUAUAUGUGAAAAUCCUAAUAAAUGGAUCUUAUAUUUGACUUCAGCUGAAAACCGACAUGCUCUCCCAAUGUUCACUUCAUUGCUGAACACAGUGUGCGCCUACGAUCCAGUGGGUUUGGGAGUUCCAUACAACCAUCUCCUGUUCAAUGAUUCGAUAGAACCGCUGGUGGAGGCGGCUCUGCAAAUCCUCAUUGUCACUUUGGAUCAUGACACCAGCUCUUCCACUCCUGCGGAAUCCGAAGAUGUUUCAGUGCCCGACAAUUUAUUCAUAAAUUACCUGUCUCGAAUACAUAGAGACGAAGAUUUCCAAUUCAUUCUGAACGGGGUGACAAGAUUGUUGAACAAUCCCCUAGUUCAAACUUACCUACCGAAUUCGACAAAGAAAGUUCAUUGCCAUCAGGAAUUGUUGGUAUUCUUUUGGAAAAUGUGUGAUUAUAAUAAGAAAUUCUUGUAUUUCGUACUGAAAAGCAGUGAUGUAUUGGAUAUACUAAUUCCGAUAUUAUAUCAUCUAAAUGAUUCCAGAGCAGACCAAUCGCGAGUGGGUCUGAUGCACAUAGGAGUGUUCAUCCUACUUUUGCUCUCCGGCGAAAGGAACUUCGGCGUGCGUUUGAACAAGCCGUACACAGCUACCGUACCGAUGGACAUCCCCGUCUUUAGCGGCACUCACGCCGACCUCGUCAUCGUCGUCUUCCACAAGAUCAUCACCACUGGCCACCAGAGGCUGCAGCCGCUCUUCGACUGCUUGCUCACCAUCAUGGUGAACGUGUCCCCCUACCUGAAAACCCUGUCGAUGGUGGCCAGCACGAAGCUUCUUCAUCUCCUCGAGGCCUUCAGCACCCCCUGGUUCCUCUUCUCGUCCUCCUCCAACCACCACCUGGUCUUCUUCCUCCUGGAGAUCUUCAACAACAUCGUCCAGUACCAGUUCGACGGCAACGCUAAUCUCGUGUACACGAUCAUCAGGAAGCGGCAGGUGUUCCACGGUCUGGCCAAUCUGCCCAGCGACUAUAACACCAUCGUCAAGUCGAUGAACAGGAAGGUGAAACCUCGCCUGUCGUCCGCCACUAGCCACGACGACGUACGGGAAACAGCGAUGGAAGGGUCGCGGCCCGCCCUGCCCGCCGAGCCGGGCACUCUCAAGGCCACGCUGCCCGACAUCCCGCGCAUCGGCCAGCUCACCGAGAGCGAGUCCGCCCAUCCGGUCGCCCACGGGCGGGGGGAUGCGAUGCCUACUGCGAUGAUCGAGGGCGUGGCUGCGGUCAGGUUGGACAGUGGGGAGCAGGAAUCGGGAAAAGAAAUUGUUCAGUCCAGUAGCUCGAAGAGUCCCACUCAUUCGGAGGCAUCGUUCAGUAGAACUGUGAGAACUCGGAACAGUCUAAGAGUCAGUACUCCCAAUGACAAUCAUGGUGGUCAGUGGGUGCCGACGGGUGAAUGGGUGCAUUCGUGGAAAAGCAAAUUGCCGUUGCAGACGAUCAUGAGGCUGUUGCAAGUUCUCGUACCGCAAGUCGAAAAAAUCUGUAUCGACAAAGGUUUGACUGACGAAAGUGAAAUUUUGAAGUUCUUGCAACACGGCACAUUAGUUGGCCUCUUACCGGUACCACAUCCCAUUCUGAUCAGAAAGUACCAAGCCAAUUCCGGUACCACGACCUGGUUCAGGACCUACAUGUGGGGAGUCAUUUAUUUGAGGAAUGUCGAUCCUCCUGUCUGGUACGAUACGGACGUUAAAUUAUUCGAGAUCCAGCGAAUUUAA